AUGGCCACAGUUGAAUUGAACGUGCAAAACCAAAGAGCUUUCCAAAAGCAAGAAUCAGUAUUCUUGGGAAAUAAGAGAGCAUUGUUGAAGAAGCUCAAGGAAGGAAAGAUUACCGAACAAGAAAGAAAGAAGAUCAGAUUCUUCAAGAAUAUUGGUCUUGGUUUUGCUACACCAAAGUCUGCCAUCCACGGUCAAUAUAUUGAUAAGAAGUGUCCAUUCACUGGUAACGUCUCAAUUAGAGGACGUAUUUUGAGAGGAGUUGUCAAGUCCCACAAGAUGGGUAGAACCCUCAUUGUCAGAAGAGACUAUUUGAAGUAUGAAAAGAAGUAUAACAGAUAUGAAAAGAGACACAAGAACUUGGCUGCUCACAUUUCUCCUGCUUUUGAAGCCCAUGAAGGUGAUGUUGUCGUUCUCGGAGAAUGCAGACCAUUGUCAAAGACUGUCCGUUUCAACGUUGUCAAGGUUGAUCAAAAGUCCGGAAAGAAGGCUUUCGAAUUGUUCUAA